UGCGCUAAGUUCAAAAUUCUAAAGUGUUUUAGUCAACAAGUUGGAAAAUGAAUUUGUUGUGGAGUAUCUUAGUCCUGAACAUUGUUUUCAGAGCAAUAGGAGUUGUGAGCGCAGAAGUCACGACAAAUUCACCAACAGAGAGCGUAUCAGUCUCGCAAUCACCAGCAGAGAGCGUAUCAGUCUCGCAAUCACCAGCAGAGAGCGUAUCAGUCUCGCAAUCACCAACAGAGAGCGUAUCAGUCUCGCAAUCAACAGCAGAGAGCGUAUUAGUCUCGCAAUCAACAGCAGAGAGCGCAGAAGUCACGACAAAGUCACCAACAACAGAGAGCGCAGAAGUCACGACAAAGUCACCAACAACAGAGAGCGCAGAAGUCACGACAAAGUCACCAACAACAGAGACCGCACAAGUCACGACAAAGUCACCAAAAAAAGAGGAAAAAAAGGAUGAGAUGGAUAAACUUAAUGACAAGAUAAACGCCGAACUUGAAAAAAUUGUUUCCAAACAUGGUUCUGAUUGCAGUGGAAACUCUGAAUUUUCAGCUUACCUGGUUAAAAUUCGCGAAGCGAUUAAAAAGGAUAAAACCCACAUAGAAGAAAAGUUUGACUUGAAGUCAGACUUUGAAGCCUACGAUCGACUGCGUAUAACGCUGGAACAACAAAUCGAUUUUCGUAUUGUAGCCAUUAAGAGUAUGCUUCCCUUUUUCGAUCCCAGCAGCUCAUGCUAUCAGUUUUACCUAAAGCAAAAGGAAACACUUACAAAUUCAAAAAAACUAACUAAUGAGCAAAAGCAACAACAUUUAGUUGAAAACUCGAACGAUUGCCCCAAUACAGACGAUAAUGAUUCGGAUUAUGAUUAUAUUUACUAACGCAACACAAAAUUUCAGAUUGAAAUUUUUAAACAUAAAUGUAAAAAUGUAUUGUACAACAAAAAAAUGUUGCCUUGUUGCUUAAGUUACUUUUUUUGUUGUACAAUACAUUUU